GAAAAACACGAUUGUGACAUGCUAGCAAGGUCAAAGAAGCAUCCAAGUGUGUUAUAUAUCGCUCAUAAGGUGUAUGGUAGGGUCACAUAAGCCCUUGAUAGCAUAGAACAACGAUAACAGGUGGUCACGUUGCGGAAUGAUGUAAUGACCAUCGAUUGAUGCAUGCAUUGAAUUGACUUUAUUCGGAGGUUAGUGGCGAUAUGACGGCCUGUGGUUGCAUACUCCAGGAUGUGUGCGACGAAUGCACAUGCAAUUGUAAACGAGGACGUUGUUCAGUGUGUAAUAGCGCGUGCAAGUAGUGUAAGUGUGCUUGCAACGGUACGAAUGGCGCAAGGAAACGUGGUCGUCAGAAGGGAUUCACCAAGGUAGUAGGCGAGGUGCAGCGUACUUCAUCAGGACGCACAUCAGCUAAGAGAGCACGUUUAGAUAUUGCGGAGAGUAUACGUGCGCUUGAUACUCCAUCACGUGCUAAGAAUGCGCCAAGUAAGACAUACACACACUCUGAAAGUCAAAACUUUGUCACAAUCAGCACGAAUAGUAACGAAAGUCUAAAUACAAUAGUAGAUAUCUCACUGACAUUUGGAUGGAGUCGUAACAGUAGAAAGGCCUUGCCUAGUACAGAAUUACGUACCAACAUCACUGAAAUCCAAAGAACACGCCCAAAUGGCUGGAGUUGCAUGUCUCAAAUUGUGCUCAAGGCUGCUACCCGUGUAGCAACAUAGUAUAUCCAGCAGAUGCAGAUGCUUUGUUGCGUGACAUCGCAAGCUCUCUCGGUGCUGCAAGCAAUCCAUCUGAAGACGUUAAUAAACUCCCUGGUGGGCGAGUAUUGAACUGUCUUGUAGAUGUAUAUAAUAGAGCCCCCAAAAACUUUAUACAAAAGAGGGUUGUACGGGCUGUACUAGUUAAAGCACUAACUAGGAAAGAUUCGCCUGGUUCAAUGCUUUCACAACUAAAAUUAAUGUAUCCUGGACGAUACUCUCUACCUAACGAAAUGGAUAUACGGACGCUGAUAUCUACGUCAACAAGCGCGAAGAAAGCAGCGGAUGCUAAGCGGAAGACAGAGAUAGCGCAAGCGGAGAAGGAGGCUCUAGCGAUGGCAGCCGCUGCUGCGAGAGGUGAGGAGUACGUUCCCGCUGCAGGCAAGAAGGCGCGCAAGAAGACUAUAGCUUUCCCUAAACGGUAUCAAACUGAUAUGGAAAGUAUAUUGGUAGACAACACGGAUAUCAGAUGGCAGGAGGCUAUACCUUUGAUGAAAGAAAGGUACGCCAAAGAGGAUGGAAGCCUGCCCGAAGACUUCACAGAGGAUGCACGCCUAAAAUCCAAGCUCACUUACUGUAAAACCUAACUGAAGCAGAAGAAUCUUAGGUCCAUGUUAUAAACAUGCACACCCGGAUCUACUGCUGAUAUGCAUUAUAGGGUUGUCAUUCACUUUAUAUACUUACACUAAUAGUAUCUUGGAUUAUUUGUACUCUUUAUUUGCUCGUUUGACACCUUAUUUGCAGGAAUUACGGGAGAGACACGCUAAAUGUGCUUAAUGCACUAAUUGCAUCUAAUGACCAUUCAAUGCGUCAUUCUUACAUAACCUCCAUAUAUAUGACAUGUAUCACUCUAAGACUCAUUAUGC